CUCGCGCCUCCCUCUCCUCCCACUCCCCGCCCCUCGGCCCACCCCCUUCGGACACGCCUCGACGGGAAAUCGAAAGUGAAAUAGGGAGCCUGCCGCCGGCUGCCGAAAGCCCUGAAAAGGGUACCCCAGGAUCUCCACAGUGCUGCUUACUAAGAACAUCACCCCUAUGGCUGCAGCAAUGCCCUUGGCAAUGAUGUGGGAGGAGGUCACAUGCCCUAUCUGCCUGGAUCCUGUAGUGGAGCCUAUGAGCAUUGACUGUGGCCACAGCUUCUGCCACAAAUGCAUCUCUGAGGUGGGGAAAGAUGGUGGCGGCGUCUGUCCUGUGUGUCAGCACACCUUCUUGCUCCGAAACCUCCGGCCCAAUUGGCCACUGGCUAACGUGGUGGACAACCUUAAACAAAUUGGCCAGAAUGCCAAUGAAGUCACACAGAGGGAAUGGUGUCAGGUACAUGGAGAGAGACUGCACCUGUUCUGUGAGGAAGAUGGGAAGAUCCUCUGCUGGGUAUGUUCCCAGUCCCAGAACCACCGUAACCACAAAACGGUCCCUGUCGAGGAGGCUGCUCAGGAAUACCAGGAGAAGCUUAAGGUGGCAUUAAGGAAACUGAGAAAAGAACAAAAGUUGGCUGAGGAGUUGGAAGUGAAUACUGCAAUGAAGAGAGCAGCCUGGAAGGCAAGUGUUGUGCUCCAAAGGGAAUCUCAGAGUCAGGUUGAGAGACACAAACGGAGGAUUCACGCAGAAUUUGUACAGCAGAUAAACUUCCUGGCUGCGGAGGAACAGAGGCAAAUGCAGAGGCUAGACAUGGAGGAGAGGGAGCAGCUGAGAAUCCUAGGGGAGACAGAGGCCAUGCUGGCCCAGAAGACCCAAGCCCUGCAGGAGCUGGUUGUGGAGCUGGAGAGGAGGAGCAAGGGCUCACCCCUAGAGCUGCUGCAGGAGGUGAAAAGUGUCCUGGGAAGGACUGAGGCUUGGAACCUGAAGGAGCUGGACAUUACCUCCCCGGGUCUGAGGAGUGUGUGCCUCGUGCCAGGGCUAAAGACGAUGCUGAGGACGUAUGGAGUACACAUCACCCUGGAUCCACACACAGCCAAUCCAUGGCUCAUCCUUUCAGAGGAUCGGAGACAAGUGAGGCUUGGAGACAGCCAGCAGGAAGUGCCUGAAAAUGAAAGCAGAUUUGACAUGUAUCCCAUGGUCCUGGGAGCCCAGUGCUUUGACUCUGGAAAGGCUUACUGGGAGGUGGAUGUGAGAGGAAAAGAGGCCUGGGACCUGGGUGUUUGUACAGAUUCUGCACAGAGGAAGGGGCACUUUUUGCUCAGCCCUGGGAACGGCUUCUGGACAAUUUGGCUGUGGAACAAACAAAAAUAUGAGGCUGGCACCUGUCCCCAGACUCCCCUCCACCUUCAGGUGCCUCCAUGCCAAGUUGGGAUCUUCUUGGACUGUGAGGCCCACACAGUCUCCUUCUACAACAUCACUGACCAUGGCUCCCUCAUCUAUACCUUCUCUGAAUGUGCCUUUGCUGGACCUCUGCGGCCUUUCUUUGGUACUGGUUUUAAUGAUGCAGGAAGAAACGCAGCACCUCUUGUGCUCUGUCCGCUGGAGGUGGGAUCGUAGGGAUCCAUGGAGCAGUGGUAGCACUCUCUGAACACCGACUGUUGGUGUCUUUCUCAGCCAUUGACUCUGCCCCAUUUCCCCAGGAACUCUGAACCACUUUGUUUCUGUAGAGGUGUCGGGAUACCAGCAAGCAGAUUGUGGCAGGGAAUUCACUGAAAAUCUACAUAAAAUGAUUUUCAACAUCAGUAUUGAAUGAUUACUGCCCUAGAUUACUGCCCUACAUUACUUUGACUCCCUCCAUGAAACAAACUACUUAUGUUGGGCCCAAAUCACCUGGAUCAACCAAAACAUGUCUCUGCCAUCUUUAUGUGACCCAAGUCUUGUUUUCUCCUCUCCAUCUCUAGGCCUUUGGUAAGAUCUCUUAUACACCUUGCAUGGCUUGCAAAGGGGACUCCUAAAUGUAUUGGGUCUUGAUCUAUCACAUUCAAUCCUUGUUCUUGUAUACAUUUAGGAUUACUGUUCCAACAUAAACAUAUCAGAGCAUAAGUAGCUCCAUACCUAUUAAAAAAAAAAGAAAGCAGCCAUCCUUUAAAAAUAAAGCCUGAAUGAUGCAUGCCUUAGAUUUCCACAUUACAUUUCCAGCCCCUGUGCUCCCCCAUCCCUACCAUGCUCUCCCAACCAUGUCCUGUAGAUAAUGGAGUUGGCCAAAAGGUGUAUCAAUCUAAAUGGAAGGCAGGAUGGAUUUUUUUAUGUCAGUUUGGCUAGGCCAUAAGCCCCCAGUUUUUCAAUGUUUCUGUGAAGGUAUUUUGUAGAUGUCAUUAAAGUCCAUAAUUGUUUGAUUUUAAGGGAGACUCUCCUGGAUAAGGUGGGUAGGCCUAAUCCAAUCAAGUGAAAGACCUUAAGAGCAGAACUAAAAGUUCACUGAAGACGACCCUCCUACCAAUAGCAGCUUCAGCUCCUGCCACAGUUACAGCCUGCCCUUCCUGUUGCCUGGCCCUGUGGAUUUAGGACCUGCCUUGCCAAACGCCACAAGUGCAUAAGCGAAUUCCUUACAAUAAAUCUCUUCAUAUUUAUCUCC